UUUAAAAGUUUAAUAUCACAAAAAGACUUUGUUUUGUUGUAUUUCAGCAUUCACAACUAUGCAUCUCUUUACGGCGAGUUCUACUGCAUUUCUCACUACCAGCAGCUUUUUAAAAGAAAAGGAAAUUAUGAUGAGGGAUUUGGGCACACGCAACAUAAAGAUCGCUGGCUUCAGAGAAAUAAAGGAACAGAUGAGCCAGACGUCUUGUCCACUCCCAAAACUACAAAACCCAAGUUAAACACCUCCGAUGGCCCGAGAGAGUUCUCUGCUGGUGUGUUUGUUACGAAGUCAUCUGUGAGAGAGCUGGGAUGUGACAAAGCUGCUGAUGUCAAGGGCAAACUGAAAAUGAGCUGGCCACCAGAGAAGAAGAACACAGGUGUUAAUUCAUUGCCGAGGACACAUGCACCAGCUCUGAAAAACAAGACACCUGGUAUUGAUAAAGCAGCUACUAACGCCAUGAGUGUCACAGAGUAUUGGAAAAGUGACAGGAACAAAUCAAAGAUCAACCACGCAGGAGAAAUGAAAGAUAAAGAGGUCAAGGAUCAAUCAAAGACAACAGGAUUUAACUCUGAUGAGUUACGUUCAAAGGAACCAAAACCGUGGAGUGAUUCAACCAAAGCUGGAGGCGUCCGAGACACCAUCUCUCCGAGGGUGCUCAGCUUUACUUCGCCCUCGGCAGAAAAGGGUUUUAUUGUCACAAACCAAAAAAAAGAGCAGAAGAAUGUGGCUCCCACCUCGAGAGCAAACUAUAAUCCGACAGUUAACAGGCGGGAUGUAUUUCCAAAUAAAGCUAAAAAGUUUGUGCGGUUUUCUCCCAACGUUGACGUGGCUCAGUAUGACGAGUCCUCUCAGCUGAUCUUGGAGGUCUCAGAUCAGUCUGAACACAAUCAACUGAAUAAAUCCAAGGAUAUGAAAGAUGAGAAAAAUCAUCUGACAUCUGAGCUGAGUGAAAAACAGAGUGAAAGUGAGGUGAACCUUGAAAUCCCUGAACAUGAAUGCCAUGGAGAAACAACCAGCACGUCGAACCAAGAGCCUGAUGUUGAAGUGAAGAGAAGUCAAGAGAGUCCUCAAGCCGAUAUCGCAAUUCUGAAUGGAGUUGCAGAGAAGGUUGAGGAAUCACAUGAUACUCAAAGUCUCACUGAAACUUUCAAUUCAACUCAAGAUGUUACAGCACAUCAAAAGCCACCUGAUCAGUCGGACGUCGCUCCAGAAAACUCGGUCGAUCCAUGUGAAUCACAGGAUCCAAGUGCCCUGCACAGUUCUGCUGGACAAAUGACCAAAGAAGAGGACGGCCAUGAGAGCAAUAAAAAUCUAAUUGAAAAGACGGACUCAACCAAUGAUCAAGAAAAUGGUGGUAACCAGAAGAAACCCGUUGUGAGGACAAAUUCUCUGAAGGGUUCUGCUAAACCGGCUGAAAAGACAAAGGCCAAACUGGGCUCCUGGUCCAAAGGAAAGAGUCCUUUGUCGAAGCUCUUCACAUCAGGCGGGAAUGAGAGAACGAACAAGGCUGAACCGAAAGAUGCCAAGAAACCAGAAGCCAAACCUAGCGGCGGACUGUUAGGAAGACUGUUUCAGUCAUCUUCAGAGAAGCCCGAGGAUGUCACGAAGUUGGCUGCACAAGGUGAAAGACAAGAAGAAGAAAAGGACAAAACACACAAUGACAAUAAGACAGAGGAGGUAAAGGAAGCUAUUACCGAAGAAAUUGAAAAGGAAGACGACGUGCCUCAAGUCCCACCUGUGGAACAAGAGCAUGUGAAGACAAAUUCUGCCGACGCCAACACACCGGACAGUAACGAAUAUGGGGAUAUAAGCAAAUCUACAGAGCAAUCCAACCUGCUCAAAGGUUCAGCUAGUGGGACAGGUGAGGUUCAUACGGCUCCAAAUCCUACUGAUGAGGAAGAACCAGAUCUCCAGAGCAGUGAGACUGAAGGCCUGUCUGUCUCUGAUCCUGGAAUAGCUGAGUCCGCUGUCCAAUCAGUGAACCGAUCAUCUGAGGAGUCAGUCGGUCCGUUAACAGCUGAGAGAAGUGGUGAUGAAGUUUUGAGUGAUCCAUUUAAUGGUGAUAUUUUCGGCGACAGUGUCAGCUCUGUCCCGACUGACACACUGUCCAGUCAGAUGAACACUGACGAAUCUGUUCAAAGGCCGGACGAAUCGUUUGAUGCACCAGACGAAGGAGGAAGAAACGUUGUGGAUGGAGCGCUUUUUGAUCUGAACCAUGAACCUCCUCAAGAUUCCUCCAGUCUUCUUGCUCCGUCUGAAUCUCAGGGGAUUUUUGGAAACGCACCUGGUGAUGUAUUUUCAUCUUCUGUGAGCGACAUGCCUUUGUCUGCAGGUGCGUCUUCCGAAAGUUUUACCCUGCUCGACUCCCAGCCAAUAUCAGCUGAGAAUGAAGUAACGCUCAGCAUGACAGAUCAGCUGAUUGCCCCGGACCCAGCACCUCUAAACCAAGAUACGAGUCAAACCUCAGAUCUUUUUGGUGCAAACAGCCAAACAAGUGAGCAGGGCACUGGCUUUGACAUAUUCAGCCUGAAUGAUGAUCUGUUCACUCAGCCUCCUGCUGUUAGUGUGUCUGGUCUGGGCGAUCUGGGAAAUCAGGGAGAAGCUGAAGCUGUCACAACCCAGGCGUCUCCCUUCGCCGAUGAUACCUUUGGAGUCAGUGACAUCUCCAACAGUGCAGAUGUGUUUGCACUGCUACCAGGCAGCCCUGCCGCUUCUAAUUCACUGAAUGAUUUACUCAGUUCAGAUGCGUCCUCUGCUGCUGCUGCUGCUGCUCCUUCAGCUCAGAUAGAUCUCUUUGCUGACGACAUCUUUGCAUCAGGACCAAAGUUGCUGCCACUGUCUGACGCCGGUGAUGCUGAUUCAUUUAUGGACAAUCUUUUAGUGUCUGGAAGCAACAACACAGAGCAAGCAGCACAAAAUACUGUCACGAACAGCAGCUGGAUGGACGAUCUGCUCGGGUGAUAGCAGGGCUGUGAUUUCAUGACAUAAUACACAAGGUUUGAAUGUACAAGAAUGAAAGGAAUCGUAUUAACAUGGUUAAAAAGAGGAAUUUGUAAGUGCAUGGGCAUCAUAAACCACUACCAGAUAAUUAGUUAAUAAAAACAGCCACUAUUGUUUUCAUUUGCAAUUGCAUUUUAUUUGGAAAUACUUGACAAACACAAUCUGUAACAUUAAUGUAAUUUAAAAUUUUUGUGGUAAAUGUGUCUUUACAUUACAAUGUUUAUUACAUGAACAUGAAGAAAAGCAAAGGAUGUAACUUUUGCUGAACGACUCUACAUUUUAAACUCAUUUUCAACUCAUUUUCCGUCAAUACAAAGGUAAUAAACAGUAAGAAUCAAGAGUAAAUAGGUGUAAUUUGAUUGUGAAAUGUCUAAAUAUAAUCAUAUGAAAAUUGCUUGCUUGAAUGCAUUGAUCUGUAAUAAAGUCACACCGUUAAAGUCCCAC